CACACAUCAGCAAACGAAAAUGGCCGGAAAUUUGGAGGAUCGUGAAAUCUGGGAAGAUACAGAGGAAACGCUCGGCGAGGAGGUGCUUCGGAUGCCGACCGACGAGUUGGUAAGCCGCACCCGGCUGAUGGACAACGAGAUCAAAAUAAUGAAAAGCGAGGUGGUCCGCAUCAAUCACGAGCUGCAAACUCAGAACGAGAAAAUUAAGGACAACACGGAAAAGAUCAAGGUGAACAAAACGCUACCGUAUCUGGUGUCGAACGUGAUCGAGCUGCUGGAUGUGGACCCGCAGGAGGAGGAAGAUGACGGUGCGGUGGUGGUGCUAGAUUCGCAGCGGAAGGGCAAGUGUGCGGUAAUUAAAACGUCCACCCGUCAGACGUACUUCCUGCCGGUGAUUGGGUUGGUCGAUUCGGACAAGCUGAAGCCCGGCGAUCUCGUUGGCGUGAACAAAGACUCGUACCUUAUACUGGAAACGCUUCCGGCCGAAUACGAUGCGCGGGUGAAAGCGAUGGAGGUGGACGAACGGCCAACGGAACAGUACUCCGAUAUCGGUGGGCUGGACAAGCAGAUCCAGGAGCUGAUCGAAGCGGUCGUACUGCCGAUGACGCACAAGGACAAGUUCAAGAACCUUGGCAUCCAUCCACCGAAGGGUGUGCUGCUGUACGGGCCACCGGGAACGGGGAAAACGCUCCUCGCCCGUGCCUGUGCAGCACAGACUAAAUCCACCUUCCUAAAGCUAGCCGGACCGCAGCUGGUACAGAUGUUUAUCGGCGAUGGUGCCAAGCUGGUGCGGGAUGCGUUCGCCCUGGCGAAAGAAAAAUCACCCGCAAUCAUCUUCAUCGACGAGCUCGAUGCAAUCGGUACGAAGCGUUUCGAUUCGGAAAAGGCAGGCGAUCGUGAGGUACAGCGAACGAUGCUUGAGCUGCUAAACCAGCUGGAUGGUUUCAGUUCAACCGCCGACAUUAAGGUAAUUGCCGCAACGAACCGCGUAGAUAUACUCGAUCCGGCCCUUUUACGAUCCGGUCGGCUCGAUCGUAAAAUUGAAUUUCCCCACCCGAACGAGGAGGCACGUGCCCGCAUCAUGCAGAUCCACUCGCGCAAAAUGAACGUCAGCCCGGACGUGAACUUUGAGGAGCUGGCCCGCUCGACGGACGAUUUUAACGGUGCGCAGUGUAAGGCGGUGUGCGUGGAGGCGGGCAUGAUAGCGCUGCGCCGUUCGGCCGUGUCCGUCAUACACGAAGAUUUUAUGGACGCGAUCAUGGAGGUGCAGUCGAAGAAGAAGGCAAAUCUGAACUACUUUGCCUGA